UUAAAAUAAAUUCCAGCUAAGAACGAGACUAGUGUGUAUAAUGGGACGGAUACUUUUCAACAUCCGACCGCCCCCCCGCCAUACCCUGGGCUUCCGAACCCUGAGCCACCAAACCCGGGACCAACGUACCCUGCCCCACAGAACAAUGCACAAUACCCUGGGUCACAGAACCCUGGACCACAGUACCCCGGGCCACAGAACCCUGGACCACAGUACCCCGGGCUACAGAACCCUGGGUCACAGUACCCUCAUGUGGUACAAGGGCCAAAUCUGGUACACGUGCAGCCUGUGAUACCGACUGUUGUGCCUACCGUCGUGGUGGGACAUCGAAUGGGACCCAACUCAACGGCCUAUGUAUGUAAAUCCUGCAGCCAUCAGAUUGUUACUCGCGUUGAACGUAACGCAUCGCUAAGGACUCACUUGGUGGCAUUGUUUCUGUGUUUUAUCGGAUGUUGGCCGUUUGCUUGUUUGCCGUAUUGCAUGGAUUCCUGUAACAAUGCCGAUCACUAUUGUACCAACUGUGGCGCUUAUAUUGGAUCAUACACAGGCUGAAAGAAACCCGGCUCAAAAACCAUGUAAUGUAACAGUGGUUCGGAAUUAUGAAUAUUUAUUUGGUGUAUUUUAAGGUUAAAUUAAUAUACUUUUGCCGUUAUUUAACGCAGAACUUAAAACAUAUUUUAUGCCUAAAGUUACAUUUAAUUAAUUCAUUUAAAAUGAUGUGAGAGAUAUUGUGUA